GUAAGAGAAAAGUUCGUGCUCCCCUUGGCAUUAAUCGGUGCCGUCAUUCCUUUCAUCUAACGGUUCAGAUCUCUCCACAGUUUGUACCUAUAAAUCUGGUCUUCUUCCAUUGCUGUCUCAGUAUGGCAAAAGCCUCCGCCUUCAAACACCAACAACUCUUUUCUUCAUUUCCAUUAUGAUUUUUUUCUCUUUCUCUUUUUAUUUUUAAAAUUUGUAAAUAAACAUGUAUAUUUACAUGAAUUCACGGUUCAAAGCAAAUAAAAAUAGAAAUAAAAGCUUUAAUUUUUUUUUAUAAAAUUUGAGGAAGUUGGUUUCCAGUUUUGAUCAUAUGUAACUUUUGAGUCUUUUAAGCAAAACCCAAUUUUGUUUUUAUCAAUCUUAAGCUGAUUCCCAGCUUAAAGUUUCAAUCUCUAUCUUCUUUGGUCUUUGAUCACAAAAAAUCUGAACUUUGGAGGCUUUAAAGCAAGACCCAUUUCAUAUUUUAUCAAUCUUAAACUGAUUCCCAGCUCAAAGAUUAAAUACUUGAGGAAAUGGGUUCUUAGUUUUGAUAACAAAAAUCAAAGCUUUAGAGCUUUUGGUGCAAAUCCCAUUUUCAGUUUAUUAAUUUUGAGCUGAUUAUCAUCUUCAAAGAUGAUAUCUAUGCUGAAAAACCCUGAUUUUAAUGAGGACAUAGGGAGGCUUAUUAGGGACCAAAAGCAUCAAAGUGGGGCAACUAACAGUAUAUCAAGUGAUCUAGAGAAAGAGCUGAACAUUUAUAGAAGUGGCUCAGCUCCUCCUACCGUAGAGGGUUCAUUCAACUCAAUAGGUGGCUUGCUGAACAGUAAAGGUGGGUGCUUGAUUGAGGAAGAACUCAGGGCUGAUCCAGCAUAUGUCAACUACUAUUAUUCUAACGGGAAUCUGAACCCAAGAUUGCCUCCUCCACUGUUGUCAAGGGAGGAUUGGAGGUUUGCUCAGAGGUUGCAAGGAGUGACUGAGAAUAAGGGGAGUAACGGGGAUAGGUCACUUUUUGCUGUGCAGCCUGGGUUUAGAGGUGAGAAGGAGAAUGGGUUGAUAGGGUUGCCUGGGUUGGGGGUACUGGGAACUAGGCAGAAGAGGAUUGCUGAGAUCUUUCAGGAUGAUGUGAAUCAUGCAAUGAAUGUCUCAAGGCACCCAUCCCAUCCAGCUAAUCGCAAUGCAUUUGAUGAUGGAAUUGAAAGCUCGGAAGCCCAAUUUGCUAAUGUGCAUCAUGAUUUAAGAUCUGUUGAUGCUUUACGCUCUAGUGCAAGUAAACCAGGAAUACCUUCAGUCCAAAAUGUUGGUUCCUUUGCUUCUCAUACUUAUGCUUCUGCUUUGGGUGUAUCAUUGUCAAGAAGUACCACAGCUGAUCCUCAAAUUGCAGCCAGAGCUCCUAGUCCUCGCAUUCCACCCAUUUGUGGCCAGUCUAGUUCCAUUGAGAAAAGAAGCGUAACUGGUUCCAAUACAUUCAAUGCUGUUGGUUCUAACAGUUCUAAUGGUUUCUCAACAAGUGUGGGUGAAUCUGCAGAGCUGGUUGCUGCUUUGUCCGGCUUGAAUCUGUCAACAAAUGGUGUGGUUGAUGAAGAGAACCAUUCACAGUGUUGGGCUCAUCAUGGUAUUGAUGACAAUCAUAAUCCGUUCAAUCAUAGUCUUAUCAAUUUGCAGGGUGAUCAGAAGCAUAUUAAACAAAAUUCAUACUUGAAUAAGUUGGAACCUGAACAUUUUCAUCUGCAUUCUACUGCUCAGUCUGGAAAGGGACCUUAUUUAAAUACAAGUAAAGGCAGUGGAGUUGGGAUGGACCUUAUGAAGUCUUCUUUAAUGGCUGAUGGACCGAUUGAACUCCGUAAAUCUGCUAACUCAUACCCAAAAGGACCUCUUACACACACAGUCAAUGGCUUAGGAAGUCCUCCGAACCACCAGAAUUUGGAUAAUAUGAAUUCUACACUUCCAAAGUAUGGCUUAACUGGCUAUUCUAUUAAUCCUUCAUCACCACCCAUGCUAGGAAACCAGCUUGGAAGUGGUACUUUGCCACCUUUAUUUGAGAACGCCGCUGCUCUGUCUGCAAUGGGAGGAACUGGCUUGGAAUCUAGAGCUUUGGAAGGAGGAAAUGGUCUCCAUGCACAGCAGUUGGACCCGUUGUAUCUUCAGUACUUGAGAUCAAAUGAAUUAGCUGGUGCACAGGUUGCAGCUAUUAAUGAUGCCAUGAUUGAUAGGGAGUACAGUGGUAAUUCAUACAUGGAUUUGAUCGGUCUUCAAAAAGCUUACAUAGGGUCACUGCAAAAAUCAUACUAUGGAAAUCUUGCACUUGGUCUAGGCAUGUCAUAUCCUGGAGGUCCUCUGGUGGGUCCCCUUUUUCCAAACUCUCCUGUUGGGUCUGGAAGUCCUGUCCGACACAAUGACCGAAACUUGCGCUUUGCUUCUGGGUUGAGGAAUGUAUCUGGUGGAGUCAUGAGGGCUUGGCAUUCAGAAGCUGCUGGCAACUUGGAUGACGGUCUUGCAUCUGCUU